AUGCUAGAUGAAAAUAGGCUCACUAGACCUAACUUUUUUUAUUGGCUAAGGAAUUUGAGAAUUGUUCUCAAUCUUGAGCGUACAGGAUACAUUCUUGAUUCUAAGAUUCCUAGUGCACUACCACCUAAGGCCACAGAAGCAGAACAUGACACUUUGAGAAAGUGGCAUAAAGAUGACAUGCAAGCCAAGUGCUAUAUGCUUGCUUCAAUGACUAAUCAAUUACAGAAGCAGCAUGAGAAAAUGCAAACAUCUUCUGAAAUACUAAGUCACCUUCAAGAGUUGUUUAGUGAAAAUAGUAGGUUAGCUAGAUAUAAGAUAUCUAAACAGUUGUUCAAAAUGAAAAUUCAUGAAGGCCAGGAUGUGGGAGAACAUGUCCAGACCAUGAUUCGACUUAUAGAGCAGCUGGAAGCAUUGGAUUUCUCUAUGGACUUUUCUCUUCAAACGAAUUUGAUCCUUCAAUCCUUGUCAGAGUCUUUUAGAAGCUUUAUCACAAACUUCCAUAUAACUAAACAAGAAUGCACUUUGGCUGGUCUUCUAAACAUUCUUACCAAGAAGAAGAAGAAAAGCAACAAGAAGAAGCCGUCUCCUAUCCCUGGCCCUUCUAGUAGAGUGGGAAAAAAGAGCCAAACUGUGAAAAAGAAGGCAGAAGCAGAUCCUGCUGACAAAGGAAAGUGUUUCCACUGUCAAAAGGAUGGACACUAG